CCUCUCAACGCCCGCAAUGGUUCGCAUGCGCGUGCAGGGUUGGGACCCAGUCCUAAUCAUAUCCCAGGUGGGUUGUGGUGCCGUUGCCGUACCCGCCGCCCUCGUGUCCUCGACGCUGACCUCGUCGCCUUACCGCUGCCGGUUCUCACUGUCCCUUGACCUUUUGCCCCGUCUCUGCCCACCGCCCUCGUCGCCCUUGAUCCUGUGGUGGACGUGGGAUGCGUGUGGUGCGCAUAUUGCCGCGAUUGUGCAUGCUGCUGCUGCUGCUGCGCUCUUUAUCCGACUACCGACUGUGCAUAACAACUCCACCUCGACGUCACAACGAACGCCGAACACCACAUCACCACAACCCCCACCACAUCACCACAACCCCCACCACACCACCACCACACGACAAUGCUGCCCAACCUCCUCCUCCGCGACCUUCUCCACCGCGCCCUCCGCCGGCGCCGCUCCUAACAGAUCAUAUGCCUCCAAACAAUCCACUACCUGACCCUCUCCUUCCUCGUCCCGCCUCUCCUUUCGGGCCUCACAACACCCGCACUGCUCACCUACUCCGGCGGGCCGAGCACCACCGGCCACAUCUUGGACUGGCGGGAAAUGGCCGCCCGGCCGGCGGUGCCGGUCGACGGCGCGUGGGCCAAGCUCCGCGGCGCUUGGUCGGGCGGGAAGAAGGUCGGCAAGGCGAACGACGACGCCGCGGUCGACGAGACGGAUUAUGGCGUCGACGAGCGGCGCGGGUGGUUGAUUGGCUUGGCUUGGAUCGUGGCGUGUGCGGUUGAUGUCGUCCCACUAUACUACAUGAUCCGACGCCCAACGGCCAUCCUCGACUUCUCGCUCACCCUCAACUUUCUGCACCUGCUCGUAACGUGCUACUACGCCAAGUCGUUCCCGACGAGCCUGUUCUUCUGGGUCGUGCAGGCGCUGGGCGCGAUUUUGAUGAUUGUGGUGGGGGAGCAGCUCUGCGUCAAGCGCGAAAUGUCCUCCGACCUCGACGUAUGGAGCCAGGACGAGACGCUCGAGUUGACGGAGCGAGAGCGGACAACGACGUAGAGAUGCACGUGUUUGUGGUUUGUCGGCUGGCGGGGCUAGUGGCUGGCUGCGAAGAUAAUAUGUGCGAUAGAGGAAUGACGCGUUGGUGGAACGUG